GGGGGUGGAGGUGCUCAUUCUGGUGCAGGCCCAGCUCAUGGGCCCUGGCGCCUCUCCCCUGGAGACAAACCCUGCGUACGGACUCUUAGGGAGAUAAUUUAUUAGAGCGAAGGCUCCUCGUUGGUUUUUGUUGCAUGCUCUUCGGGCUCCGGUGGGUUUUGGCAGGUGCAUGAUUGCGCUCCUUUUUAUUCAUUUGGGGCCCUCCUGCUCUCUACUCCCCCUGCUGGGCUCUGGGCUACGGUACAUUGGUGCUGCGACGAUUAGCUUCUUUUAUAGCCUGUGUGAUACAUUAUUAGUUGGUCGAGCUUUAGGCUCCGGUUGGCCGCUGUGUUGAGUUUGGGUGAUCGCGGGGUGAAUGCGGGGUUUUUCAUGGAAUGUGUCGCGUACGCUCGGCCGGAGUGCCCCACCAUAGCGAGCAGAUUUUUUGAUUCCUUGAGUUAGGCCCAGCGGGGCGGGACUUUAAGGUUCGGUGUAGCUUAGCCCGGCUUAGCUCAGGUGAGUGAUGGAGUGAUACUGUUGGGUUCAAUUAUGCAGCAGCGGGGUCUGGGGUGGGAGGCAUAGCCUGCGGUGGCGGAGGAGGUGUCCGUCCGGAUGGCUGGAUGAUAAGAAAGGCGCUUGUGGCGGAGGUGGGGGCGUUGCGCCAGGACUGAGAAAGCCCAGAGAGGGCGAGGAGGAGGAAGAGCAGCAGCAGGAGGAGGAGGGAUACAUUUGCAAGGUUUGUAAGGGAUCAGAGAGUGUGGGGCAUGCGGCUGGAUUGCCGAGUUGAUCCGCCUAUGCCAUGCCGGAUUCUCAGCAUUCCCAGGACAUGACAGAGGAUGAGCAGCGGCGUGAACAGGCGGGUGAAGCAGCCGAGACGCCUGAAGCUCCUCAGCCGUCUGAGCUAAUGUCUGAUCCCCAGACAGUAGCAUCAGCCAUGGAGCUACCAGAGACUCCCGAGCCACUUGCAGCAGAUUCGCUUCCGAGGGAAUGGAGUGGCGUCAUAGAAAUGGGUGAUCCGGAUUGUUCACCUUCGGAAGCUGUGGAUCCCAAUAUUGUACAGACUCACAGUGGGGUGUCCGCGCAUGAGGAGGAGGAGGAGGAGGAAGUGGUAGUGGUGGUCGAUGGGGUGGCGUCGAAAGUGGCGAACUGCAUUGAGCAGCUGCGAUCAACGUCCACAUCAGUAGAGGAGAAGGAGAUGAUUUCUAAGAUUCUCUUCGAAUUGGUAGAUACGCAAGAGGAUGCCAGAGCGGCAGUUGGUUCUCACCCGCAGGCCGUGCCUUCGCUGGUCGCGCUUCUUCGAUCAGGAUCCUUGGCUGCCAGAGUGAAUGCUGCCGCAAACCUGGGGGUUUUGUGCAAGGAAGAGGACCUGCGCGUGAAAGUGCUGCUGGGCGGUUGCAUUCCACCUCUGCUGGCACUGCUGAAGUCCAACUCUUCCGAGGCACAGACGGUGGCGGCUGAUGCCCUGAACGCCGUGUCUCAGGGAGGUUCGAAGGAUCACGUGGGAUCUAAGAUCUUUUCCACGGAGGGAGUGGUGGUGAGCUUGUGGGAGCAGCUGCAGCCGAGGCUCGCCCUGGAUCCUUCCCUUCCGGGAUUGCUGACCGGAGCCCUUCGCAACCUGUGCAGCAGCAGCGAAGGUUUCUGGCCUGCCACCCUGGACGCGGGAGGCGUUGGCAUUCUGGUGAGGCUGCUGGCAUCCGGACACCCGCAGGCAGAGAGAAAUGCAGCCUCCCUGCUGGCGAGUUUGAUGACAGCAGUCGAGGAAAGCGGUGAGCUGGUGCUGCACGCCGGGGCCAUGGGGCCACUUCUGCAGCUGUUGAGCAAUGACGACGUUUCGGUGCGAGCUGAAGCGGCUGGUGCUCUGCGGGCUCUGUCAGCUCAGAACUGGGAGUCCAGGCACGCCAUAAAAGGUGCCGGUGGGAUGGAGAAGUUGAUCAGUGCCACGGUUGGUCCCUCCAAGGAGUCGGCGCAGGACAGGUUCACUCAAGCUUUGCAAGAGAACGCGCUUGGCGCCUCUGCCAACAUAUUAGGAGGCCUGCCUGCCCUGGUAGUGAACCUUGGGGAGAUAAUAGACAGCAAGGGGCAGUCGGGAGCAAAGAUAGCCGAUGCAAUUGGAGCAAUGGCGUAUGCGCUGAUGGUUUUAGACGAUGGCGACGAGGCUGCGGGAGCCGUGGAUCCGCUUCACGUGGAGGAGGUUCUGAUGAAGCACCUUGGGCACCGGACGUCGGUGUUGAUUCAGGAGCGCGUCGUGGAAGCUCUGGCGAGUCUGUAUGGGAAUGGGUACCUGGCACGGGGUGUAGAGCACGCGGAAGGGAAGAAGACGGUGGUGGGACUGAUCAUGAUGACCAGUGGUGAGAUGCAGGAGAGCCUGACGAUGUCUCUGAUGGACAUCUGCUGCGGGCACAGAGAUUUGUGGCAAGCGCUGCGGGGUCGGGAGGGCGUGCAGCUUCUGAUUUCCCUGCUGGGGCAGCCUGCGGAGCAGCAGCAGGAACACGCAGCUGCGUUGCUGUCGAUUUUGACGCAAGAGAUAGAUGAGAGCAAGUGGGCCAUCACUGCAGCCGGGGGCAUCCCGCCGUUGGUGCAGCUUCUGGAGUGUGGUUCGGAGAAGGCGAAAGAAGAUUCGGCGAAUGUGCUGGGCAACCUGUGCAACCACAGCGAGGAUAUUAGAGUGUGCGUGGAGACAGCAGAGGCCGUCCCCGCGCUUCUGGGGCUGCUGAAGCACGCUGGUUUCAAGGGGCAAGGAAUUGCAGCGGCAGCACUGACACAGCUGGUGCGGGAUUCGGAUGCGAGUACGAUCAGCCAGUUGACUGCGUUGCUGACCGGCGAGUUGCCAGUUUCGAAGGUCCACGUUCUGCACCUGGUGGGGUGCUUGCUUUCCGUGGCCUCCCAGGAGGAUAUAUUCCAGGAGGGCGCUCCAGCGUACGAGGCCCUGGAGAUUUUGAUAGAGCUUCUGGCAAGCGGCAAAGACGAGACGCAGGAGCACUCGGCCUCUGUUCUGGCUGAGAUCUUUGCCUUCAGGCCAGAUGUGUGCGAGAGCCCGGACAUUGUGAAGGCAAUCGCUCCGUUGAUCAGGCUUGUGAGUGAAGGGAGCGAGCAGAUUGCGUUGCAGGCGGCGCGGGCGGUUGCCGCUCUGUUCGGGUGCAUUCGCCAGAACCAGAAGGUUGCGGAGGCGGGCAAGGAUGCUAUAUUGCCCUUGAUCAAUCUGGCGAGGUCGUCGAGCAUCAGCGUGGCGGAAGUUGCGACGACGGCUGUGGCAAACCUUUUGUUGGACGUGGAGGUGGCCGAAAAGGCACCUGCGGAGGAUAUCAUAUUACCCCUCACGCGAGUGCUGCGGGAGGGCAGUUUAGCGGGCAAGGAGCAUGCAGCUGGAGCAGUCGCUCGGUUGCUUCGGUCCAGACAUGUGGACGACGUGCUGGUGGAAAGUGUGCAUCAGUGUGGCACCGUGCUCGCAUUGGUGUCUCUUCUUGCCGCUACGAACUCGGAAGAGAGUUCGACGUCUGAAGCACUUGAAGCCCUGGCGUCGUUGGCGAGGACGACCAGAAGAAGUGGUCCAUUCACUCAUCCGCCGUGGGCUGUAUUGGCAGAAACCCCGUUCAGCAUGAGUCCGCUGGUAACGCAUCUUGCGGUGGGGGAGCCGACAGUGCAGGAGAAAGCGAUUGAGGUGCUGUCAAGGCUAUGUCGAGACCAGCCAGCGGUUUUGGGCGAUCUGAUUGCGGACAAUCCAAAAUGCAUUGCAGCACUAGCGGAUCGCAUCAUACAGUCGUCGAGCUUGGAAGUGAAGGUUGGAGGCACCGCGUUGUUGAUCUGCGCUGCAAAGGAGCACCGGCUGGUGUCUAUGGUAGCUCUUCGUGAAGCCGGGUUCUCUGUUGAGCUGAUUCGGUCGUUGGUGGAUAUGAUAAGCUUCAAGUCCGUGGAAGAGGCCGGAGAUGAUGCUGUCACCAGUGACACCGAGGAAGAAGUGAUUUUUAGUGUGGACGAGAGUGGGGUAGCCAGAAGGAAAGAGAAAACGCAGGGUGGAGCGGACGCGGACACGUUUCUGGAUUAUGGGCCUGCUCAGAUCUCGGGAGGCACAGCUGCUCUGUGGUUGCUGUGCGUGAUUGCUUCGCAUGAUGGUUUGAGCAAGCUUGCGAUCACGGAUGCGAGUGCCAUCGAAGUUGUGACGGAGAAGCUUGCGAUAUUUGCACCAAAUGCUCGCGAGGCUGAAGUGGAGGACAACGGGAGUACGUGGGUAAGCGCACUCCUGCUUGCCAUUUUGUUCUCGGAUCGAGAUGUGACGCGCGCUCCUGCGACAAUGCGAGCCAUACCAUCACUGGCAACCCUGUUGAAGUCGCAAGAGACAAUCGAUCGAUACUUCGCAGCUCAAGCUCUUGCGAGCUUGGUGUGCAAUGGUAACCGCGGCACUUUGUUAGCUGUCGCCAAUUCAGGGGCUGCAGGAGGUCUGAUCCACAUGUUGGGGAUGUCCGCGUCAGACAUAAGCGAGUUGGUGGCUUUGUCAGAGGAGUUUGCGCUACCUGGGCAUCCCGAUGAGGUUGCGCUAGAACGGUUAUUCCGAGUUGACGACAUUCGAGUGGGAGCCACUGCUCGAAAGGCCAUUCCCAUGCUGGUGGAUCUGUUGAAGCCUCUUGCCGAUCGUCCGGGUGCUCCCCCCUUGGCUCUGGGUCUGCUCAGCCAGCUGGCCGAAGACAACCAUGUGAACAAGCUUGCGAUGGCAGAAGCUGGCGCUUUGGAUGGGUUAACCAAGUACUUGUCCAUCGGGCCGAAGGAUGCCAUCGAGGAAGCUACAGCAGAUCUGCUGAGAAUCUUGUUCACCACUCCCGAACUGCGUCGACACGACUCUGCAGUGGGUGCUGUGGAGCAGUUGGUUGCCGUUCUACGAUUUGGAACUCGGGGUUCUCGUCUGAGUGCGGCCAGGGCCUUGCAGGGGCUGUUUGCUGCCGAGCACAUCAGGAUGAGCUAUGCAGCAGGACAAGCCAUUGCCCCGUUGGUAGAAAUGCUGAGCUCUGGAGUGGAGAAGGAGCAGCGCGUGGCAAUCGGUGCACUGAUCACGCUUUCGGAGGACAAUCCUUCAAAGGUGUUGGCCAUUGCUGACUCGGAGGCGAACGCCGUGGAGGGAGUGUGCAGGGUGCUGCUGUCGGACUGCUCGCUGGAACUGAAAGAGGAAACUGCGAACCUUUGCCGCACGCUGUUCAACAACCCUCGAGUUCGGUCGACUCCGGAGGCAACGUGUUGCAUCUCUCCGUUGGUUGCACUGCUGGACGUGGAUUCACCCUCCGCUCAGUACGCCGGCGCUUGUGCGCUAGACAAUCUUCUUGACGACGAGCAGCAGGCUGAGGCCGUGGCUGCAAACGGAGCCGUGGUGCCUUUGGUGGACCUGGUGGUGGGGACCAACUUUGGUCUGCACGAGGCUGCAGUGAGUGGGCUCAUUAAGUUGGCGAAGGACCGUCCUCUGUGCAAGUUGGACAUGGUGAAAGGUGGCAUCAUCGACAACGUGCUGGACAUACUUUUGGAAGCUCCAGAUUCGCUGUGUGCUCUCUGUGCGGAGCUGCUGCGCAUCCUGACGAACAACAGUAGCAUUGCCAAGGGAGUAGCGGCAGCGAAGGUUGUGGAGCCGCUGUUCUACUGCCUGACGCGGCCGGAUUUGAGCACUUCCGGGCAGCACAGUGCAAUGCAAGUUCUGGUGAACAUUCUGGAGAAACCGCAGCGGCUAGCGAAUCUGACUUUGACACCCAAUCAGGCCAUCGAGCCUCUUGUACUGCUGCUGGAUUCCCCAUCUCAGCCUGUCCAGCAGCUGGCCGCAGAGCUUCUGUCCCACCUUUUGGCACAGGAGCAGUUCCAGCGCGACGUGUUUACGCAGCAAGCGGUGGUUCCACUGGUGAGACUGGUUGGGGUGGGCGUGCCCAGCCUGCAGAAAGAGGCGAUAAGAGCGUUGGAGAGUGCGUCCAACAGCUGGCCGAACGCGAUUGCGGAUGCGGGAGGCAUCAUCGAGCUUUCUGCUCUGUUGCUGCAAACGGAUCCACAGCUGCCCCAUGCUCUGUGGGAGGCUGCAGCCCUGGUGCUGUCAAACGUGCUUCGGUUUAGUUCCCAAUACUACUUUAAGGUGCCCCCAGCAGUCCUGGUGAAGCUGUUGCGGUCGAGCAACGAGGCGACAGUGGUGGUGGCGUUGAGCGCCCUGAUUUUGCUGGAGAGAGAAGAUUCUUCCAGCGCUGAAGGCAUGACCGAGGCAGGAGCCGUGGAAGCGUUGUUGGAGCUGCUACGGUGUCACCAGUGUGAGGAAGCGGCAGCCCGUCUUCUGGAGGCGUUGUUCAACAACUUCAAGGUGCGGGACACGAAGGCGGCAAGGCUUGCGAUUGCACCAUUGUCGCAGUAUUUACUGGACCCUCAAACGCGCACACAGCCGGCUCGGCUUUUGGCAGCUCUUGCUCUCGGGGAUUUGUUUCAGCACGAAGGUCUGUCCCGCAGCAACGAUGCAGUUUCGGCGUGCCGCGCACUGGUCAGCCUGCUGGAGGACCAGCCGACUGAGGAGAUGAAGAUGGUAUCGGUGUGCGCAUUACAGAACCUGGUGGUGAGCAGCCGUGCAAACAAGCGAGCUGUGGCAGAGGCCGGGGGUGUUCAGGUGGUGCAGGAGCUUUUAGCAUCGAGUAACUCGGAGAGCGCAGGUCAAGCGGCCAUACUGAUCAGACAGUUAUUUGCAAAUCACACGAUACAGGAAUAUGCUUCCAGUGAAAUGAUCCGGGCUCUAGCAGCUGCUCUGGAGAAGGAUCUAUGGGCCACCGCCUCCGUGAAUGAGGACGUUGCAAGGGCACUGACCGUGAUGCUGGGCAACUUCCCCCGACUGCGGUCCACUGACGAGGCCACGCAGAGCAUCGCACAGCUGGUGGGUGCUUUGAAGGCCGGGAACGAGGUCGCACAGGAAGCUGCGCUGGAUGCGCUGUUUCUGCUCCAGGAGGAUUGGCUAGAUAGUCCCGCGGAAGUAGGGAAGGCGCAAGCCAUGGCCGCAGCGGAGGCGAUUCCCAUUCUUCAGUAUUUGGUGAGAGAGGGGCCGCCAAGGUUCGCGGAGAAGGCGGAAAUCCUACUGCAAUGUUUGCCUGGUAGCUUGGUGGUGACGGUGAAGCAAGGGCACAAUCUGAAGCAAUCCGUUGGGAGCACGAACGCCUUCUGCAAGUUGACACUUGGCAAUGGCCCUCCGCGUCAGACAAAGGUUGUGAGCCAAAGCGUGUCUCCACAAUGGAAGCAGGGUUUCGCGUGGGCAUUUGACAAUCCACCCAAAGGUCAAAAGCUUCACAUCGCUUGCAAAAACAAGGGCGCCUUCGGCAAGGGUUCGUUAGGAAAGGUGACUAUUCAGAUAGACAGAGUGGUGAUGCAGGGAACCAUCAGCGGGCAAUAUACGCUGCAGCCUGAGACGAACCGGGAUGGAACACCACGAACUCUAGAAGUGGAGUUCCAAUGGUCCAACCGAUGAGUGCCUUGGUAUAGUGUAUGAUGAUGAGUAGUAGUUUGUGUAGUGUAAUUUUAUAGGAUAUGGAAGGUUCCACAGAUGGUACAGCAGAACAGAUCCCGCAUUAUGGGCAUUAACUGCCGGAAACCAGAGGACGUCAUCACUGAAAAGCCUCUCAAUUCUCAUCGCUGUUCAAUAUUAAUUUUAGGCUUCAAUUUGUUUCAAGCCUUUGUAUCGGGUAUAAAUCGUGCCGGAUUGUGUAUUGGAACUGAUUUGCUUAAUUCGUUAUUGUGGAGGAUUUUUUCGGAA